CUCACCACAACCUUGCCAUGGGCCCAUUUAACACGGAUGGUACAUAGUCACUGUCAUUGAUUGACCCUUUUGUGAUUCCCUGGACCAUAUACACGGACCAACUUUGGAGGGGUGGCUCCACGAUCAACGAUCACCGCGACUCCAGCAUCAUCAAUCCACGAGAACACACGUGGUUUGGUGAACUCUCCGACCAUCACAUCAACCUACUCCUUCUCUCUCUCUCUUCUCACAAUGUCCCGCGACUCAUCCGCCAACUACAUCCACUUCCAAGCAUCACGACACGCAGAUCUAUUCGAAGAAUUCUGCCGCCCACCAUCCUCCACAACCACAAACGCUGGCGGCGCCACAACCGGCACGACUGCAGGCGCACACAACCCACAGGACCAUGGCAAUGCCAAUCUCAGCACCAACCCAGCCGCGGGUGCUACCACGACGAUCCCUGGCCACUACCUGCCCUUUGAGGAGAUCAACCUCCCGCCCCAUCUUCAACCACUAAACCCUGAAGAUGAGGACGAUGUGGUGCCGGAUAUGCAUGCGGCGUUUGGAAUCAAUCGUGCUCUGAAUCAAGGUAGCGGCGCUGGAGCGGGUAGUGGUAGUGGAGGAGGUCAUGUGGGUACUGGAGGUCCUGGCGAGGCAAGUGAUGCUGGUGUCGUGAGGGAGCCGGCGUGGAGAGAUCUGGGUAUUGAGGCUUUGGUUGAUGGUCCUGCGGGAAAUGAAAAUGGCGGAGGUGGAACUGGAGCUGCAGGUGGAAGAGCUAUGGGUAAUGGAAGAGUGUUUGGAGCGGGGAUGGGUAGGGCUAUAGGAGGACCGUCAAGUUCUGGUGUUAGGAGAGAAGGGAGUAGGACUGGUUUGUUGUUGUUACGAUGA